CCCCCGACGGCGACGCGGAACACUUGCUUGGUCAAUACUAAAAGGCCGACGACUUGCCGGCGAAUUCGCAGAAGCCUUCAUCACGUUGGAAGCAAGCUGCUCCAUGGAUUCUGGCGGGCGUUUUCGGUCUUCUAUCAGGAGUUCUACUUAUACGUGAAUAUAGUAGGGAUCGCUUGCCUGGUUUCGACACUGAAUUACGUUGUUAACAAGCUCCGUAAGAUAGUCGUGGCCCGAAAACUCAUUGAAUUCGAAAAGCGACAGAUGAAAGGCAGUGAUGAUCAUCUUUAUGUCGGGACGCCAAGUCAAGAGGUGGACGAUGCAUGGAUACGCCUUAUUUACGGGUUGAAUGUCAAUCUAGACACAACUGAAAUCGGCAAGUUUGCAGAAGAUACGUUUUCAUGGCCACAAGACGGCAAGUUCUUUACUGGUGUGCAAUUCAAUCAUCAGCUUCAUUGCCUUACCAAUUUCGCAAAAGAGCACGGAGAGUCUUACACAAUGGCGCACACAGGGCAUUGCAUAAACUAUUUGAGGCAUAGCAUCCAAUGCCAAGCCGAUCUAACUCCGAUGCUUUGGCACGAGAAGAGGCUGAACAAUUCAUCCCACACCCAGAUGGGUACCAUCCAAGAUCAGGCAACAUCAGCGCUUUUCUUGGACAUGGAGACUACGUAUACAUGCCGGAAAUGGGAGCCUCUUCAUGAAUGGGCCUCAAGCCGGCAGGUAAACUACAAGGAACUGAAAGACCUAGUACAAGGGGGAGGCAAAAUCCAGAUUUUGGAUUGA